AUGCCAUACCCACCAAAGGCAUCACCACCAAAGCCAUAUCCGCCAAAAGCAUCGCCACCAAAGCCCAGCCAACCUCCAGUACACCCUCCGAAGCCAUACCCACCAAAAGCAUCACCACCAAAACCCUACCCGCCAAAAGCAUCACCACCAAAGACUAGUCAGCCUCCUGUAGUACAACCCCCAAAGCCAUACCCACCAAAAGCAUCUCCACCAAAGCCAUACCCUCCCAAAUCGUCACCACCAAAAGGCAGUCACCCACCAAAGGCGGCACCACCAAAACCACCAAAGGGCGCGACACCACCUGCAUUCCCUCCCGGUUAUUACACUCCACCUACUUAUUACGGCAACGCUCCUCCUCCUAACGCUGUACCACCCUCAUUCGAAAUCGUUGCACCGCCUCCUGGGAAAAACCACACCACCGUUAUCGCCGUGUGCGUUUCCCUGGGUGGUGCAUUCUUCCUUGCGUUCCUCUUGGUCGGUCUCUUUUGUUUUGCCAAGAAGAAGAAGAAGAAAGUGAUGGUUCCUGCACCUAUUCCUUGUGUUGAGGAAGAAGAAGAACGUGCCGAAGUAGCAGCAGUUGGAGGAGGAGGAUAUGGUGCUGAGCCAACUCCAGUUGCAGUUCCCGUAGAGCAACAUGGAUAUGGUGGUGGUGGUGCAGCUGAGAUCGGGCCUUCUUAUGCUCCUCCUAGUCAUCGUCCAAGUUACUAA